ACGCCGCCGCCGGCGCGCGUUCACAACACCAAGUGUACUCGCGGGACCAGCGCUGCUACGCUUGCACGACGAUACUCGCAAAAUUAAAGGCACCUGCAGCCGGAAGCCUGCCCGUGCGUGCCGCGAAUGAUUGUCGCUAAUUAAAGCCGAUCGGCAGCAGCCACCCAAAUAAUUGGCGUGAAGGAAGCAUACGAAGGGCAGCUCGCGACGGGCGCCCCUUCAAUUAGCGGCUCCAGGGCACCUGUCGGACACGCGCGCGCAUUAAUUCGCACUCGCGGUAAACGCACCCGCAAAAAAUACCAAAAUAAACUGGAACCCGUGCACCUGCGGCAAUCUGCGGACGGUUGACGUCGCCGGCGCAGCCCGCAGACAUGAUCAUGCUAUUUAAAGGCAACAGCAGUCGGCUAGAACACCUCAUAGAGAAGAUCCAGGCCAACAAGGAGAACCACGACGUCACUACUGAAGACAUAAAAGAAGCGCUGGGCAGCGUGGGCAGCGUGGGCAGCACAGCGGGUAGCUCGUGGCCGUCGUCGACGCCGGAGCCGUCUCCGUCGCCGGCGUCGACGCCGACCUCCGCUGACCACGCUGACGGCGACGCCGACCACGCCUUUACGCUCGGAGCCACCGAGCACACGCCCUACCAGUGCCAGUUCUGCGACAAAGCGUUCCCGAGGCUCUCUUACUUGAAGAAACAUGAACAGACGCACUCGGACCAAAUGCCGUUCCGCUGCGAGUUCUGCUCGCGGCUGUUUAAGCAUAAGCGCUCCAGAGACCGGCACGUCAAGCUGCACACUGGCGACCGCAAGUACCGUUGUGCUCACUGUGAGUCCGCCUUCUCCAGGAGCGACCACCUGAAGAUCCACAUGAAGACACACGAUAACCAGAAGCCGUUCCAGUGCACGGUGUGCAACCGGGGGUACAACACGGCGGCGGCGCUGACGUCACACAUGCAGGGUCACAAGCGCGACCGCGACAGGGACCCCGAUCGACGGCGGCCACUGCGCUGCCUGCGCUGUGGCGACGCCUUCCGAAGGCCUGACUUACUACAGGCUCACAUGGCGAGUGCACACGGUGUAGAUUCAGCAGCAUUGACGCCUCCGCGGCGAAUAGCAUCACAACCGCCGCCAACUCUCCUAGCGUGUAUAUACUGCACCCGCGACACAUUCACCAGCAUGGAGCAAUUACAACUUCAUGUUAGAGCCGCACAUUCAGCUCUGUUGAACGGAGAAACGCCACAAUCAGUCGAUCAGCCAGCGCCCACGGAUCUGAGCCGUAGGGCUCCAGAUGAACCGACAAAGCGCUCCGGUUCUGUGAACGAAAAUCCAGCAGUGAAGCGUCGGCGUUCUGGCUCCGCAACGCCACAGACCGCUCUCUCUCCGAGCACGCUUCUUUGCAACCAAUGCGACGCUGCUUUACCGGAUUUUGAAGCGUUCCGCGCACAUUUAAAGGGGCAUUUGGAAGAAGGUGGCGAAAUGGGGAACUCGAGUCCAGUCCCCUGUUUACAUUGCGGAGCUACAUUUGCCGAUGCGGCGGCGUCAGAGCGGCACCUCACAGCACAUUAUCUCGCAGUAUCUUGCGAGUACACUUGCCACAGUUGCGCGCGUAGUUUUCCCGCACCGGAUGACUUGCAAAAGCACCUUCUUGAUCUUCACGCUCAACAUUUAUAUCGAUGUUCGCUUUGCAAAGAAAUCUUCGACUCUAAAGUUGCUAUUCAGGUUCAUUUCGCGGUGGCUCACAGCGGCGAGAGCAAGGUGUGGGUGUGCCGCGGCUGCGGCGCGGGCGCGGGCGCGCUGCGCAGCGAGGCGGAGGGCGCGGCACACGUGCUGGCGCGACACGCGACGCGCUGCGCGUGCGGCGCCGUGCUGGCCGGGCCGCGCGCGCGCCCGCCCCGCGCCUACCGCUGCCCCGCGCCCGCCUGCAGCGACACCUUCGCCGUGCAGUACCUCUUGGAGCGACACAUGCAAGCGCAUCAUGCUAUGCCGCAAUCGGCGCUAAACGGCGACAUCCCUAGACAGAAACGGUCGGAGAACAAUAACGGCGCAGAAGGCGUAGACGGCAGUUGUUCUCCUUGCAACACGGGCGCUGACAACGGCCCGGCGCCAGCCAAUGAGGAGCGGCGACGAAAGAACGGCGCCGUGGCCCUGCAGUGCGCUUAUUGCGGGGAGCGCACGCGCAGUCGCGCGGAACUUGAAGCUCAUACCCGGGCACACUCGGGCGCCGCCGCUGCGAGACACAAAUGUCUUAUCUGUGAUGAGGUACUCCCGUCUGCCGCCGUCCUUGCUGAACAUAAACUAACGCAUUGUAAGGUAGUUGCAGGCGAUACCUGCUCCCGAUGUCGCGCUCGUCUACCGACAGAGGAAUCGUUCCUCAGCCACAUGGCUCGCCACCAUCCAGCGUUGCCGGCACCUUGCGUCGUCUGCCGUCAAACAUUGGCUUCCGAGGCAGAAGCACGGCUUCACGCUCGGUUCCACUUAAGGGUGACAGAGGAUGAGCAGCGAUGUGCGAUAUGUCUGCGAGCUCUGCCUGAAGGGGAGGCGGGGGAGGGUGCUAGAGCAUGCUCCGCGUGCUACGCGAGGCACGCCGCGCCACGGCCUCCACCGCCCGCUGACCAUGACUGUCGUCUGUGUCGCCGAGCGCUUGGAUCUCCUACUCGUUUGCAAGCACACCUCAUUGAACAUACAUUCGCCGGGAUCGGAGCGUUCACAUGCUACCUGUGCUCAGCAGUGUUCACCAGCGCGGCGGGGUUACAGCGCCACCUGCCGGAGCACGCCUCCGCCCCCCGGCCGUACGACUGCGGCCGCUGCGGACUCAAGUUCUUCUUUAGAGCCGAGCUCGACAAUCACGCUUUCGUGCAUUUGGAAGAGGCGGAGAUCGCGCAAAGAGCCUUCUACGAAGCGUACGCGAGAGGCGCGGCGUCCGCUUGGGCAGCUCUCGCGCCCCCAGAACCGGCCCCCACCACCCCAGUGGAAGUACCCGUGAAGAUAGAACCGGAAAUUAAAGAAGAGAGAACUGACGAGUAUAUAGAAGUGUCGUCUCCGCCACCCCCCGCUCGUCCUCCACCCGAGGACCCCACACCUCCUCCCGUUGUGAAGCAAGAGAAACCUGAUGAAGACUGAAACAGCAAGACAAGAAGUAUAUGUGUCAAUUAAUGUGAGGUCGAAAAUGACGCGUAUGUGUAGAUAAAAGUUUUAUAAACAAUCACAUUCCUUGUAAACUUGUCAGCACUGUGUAGAUGUUAUACAAGCAGUGUGGCAGCUCCAUGGGAGAGGUGUGCCGCAUGUGUGAGUUAAUUACGCGAGUAUAUGUAACGAUAUUUUAUAGCCAAGGUGCUCACAUAUUUCACAAAGCCGGUGGAAAACUUGAACGAGUCACCGCAAGAUGCGUAUUUGGUGUAAGUAUAUCAAAUCGAGUUGCCACAUACUUUGUAUUGUAUUUUUCACAUAGCAAUGUGAACGUUAUCGUCCGAGACGCGAAUUCUCGCUGCAAUAUUGGAUUACGUCCCUAUGUAUCUAUGUUCUAGUUAAUAUAUCGUUGAAUUUCCGCGUUUAGAACGCCGUAUCUCUGUAAUUAUAGAUCUUACUCGUUUAUGUUGGUUAAGUGUAUGUUUUAUAAUGUUUACACGGCUAUUUGUAUAAACUGUUAACUUAAAUAAAUUAAUAUGUUAAGCUU